CACAGUUUACUGUGAGGAUUCUGAGGCUCGGACUGUUCAUUCCUUCCAAGGGUCAUUUUUGGCUGUCAGUCGUGCGCUUAAAACAGUUAGGAUGGUCAUAUAUUUAAACUACGCUCUGCUGUUUGCAUACUUGACUUUGCCUGGAAUGUUACUUGGAGAUUUGGCUUUCAGAUGUCCGAGCUGCACCGCCGAGCGUCAAGCAGCUUGCCCCAAAGUCACAGCACUAUGUACAGAGAUCGUGAGGGAGCCGGUCUGCGGCUGCUGCCCGGUGUGCGCCAGGCAAGAAGGCGAGCUCUGCGGGGUCUACUCCCCGAGGUGCUCAGGCGGCCUGAGGUGCUACCCGAGCGUGGAGAAUGACUUUCCCUUGCAGCAGCUCAUACAUGGUUUAGGACGAUGUGGACAGAAAGUGGAUUUGGAUGUCACAACCGUUCUGGAUGCUACAAAUGAGGUGCACGGGACCGAGAAUCCGCUCACCAAAAGACCUGCCAUAGAUGCUUGGUUUUGGCAGGAGUCGGCCAGGAAACAACACCAGAACGAGCGCAACGCUAAGAUGAAGAUAAAUCAACCCGAGGUUUUACGGAUCCCGAAAGCGCCUCAGAUGAUGCGCACCCCAUGUAUGAAGGCUGUGGUUCUCCAAGCGGUCACCCGGAGCACCUGUCAGCAGGAGCUGGACGAAGUCUUAGAGGAGAUCUCCAAAAUGACCUCAGAGGAUAACAGAGGCCCGCUGGAGAACCUGUACGAGCUCAAAUUUCCAAACUGUGACAAACAUGGACUGUACAACCUCAAACAGUGCAACAUGUCCACCCAUGGCCAGCGGGGCGAGUGCUGGUGUGUUAACCCUUUGACCGGGGUCCAGAUUCCAGCAACGCCCAAAGUCAGAGGGGACCCCAACUGUAACCAGUUUCACGAGGAGCUCAGGGUGAUGCCCACCACAGCAGCGUCAGAAUAACACAGUCCAGCACAUGUGACAGGAUUGUGUUUCCCUCCAAACUCUGGGGAGGCUUUUCCCCUUUAUAUGUUUAUUCUCGCAACAUGAAAAUAAGUCAGCGUUUUGUAAAGCAUCAUCUCUUUUGAAUUUGCAUGACUUUUAAGGUUAAAGCACAAACUAAAGUAACAAAAGAAAGAUGUGGGCAUUAUUCACUUUUUCUUAGCUGUCAAUAAAUCCCAUAAAUAGACAAACAAAAGGGUACAAGUAUGUCUCUUAAGGCUUCCCUUUCUUUUCUCCGGGACUCAUAACAAAG